AUGGGUCGUCUUCAGGAAUACGAGGUCAUCGGGCGCCAUCUGCCCACUGAGGCCAACCCUACUCCGGACAUGUACCGGAUGACCAUCUUCGCCCCCAACGAGACGGUCGCCAAGUCCCGCUUCUGGUACUUCCUUCGCGGUCUCCGCAAGGUCAAGAAGGCCACCGGCGAGAUCGUCUCGGUCAAGGCCCAGCACGAGAAGCACCCCCAGAAGGUCAAGAACUUCGGCAUCUGGCUGCGCUACGACUCGCGCUCCGGCACCCACAACAUGUACAAGGAGUACCGCGAGAUGUCCCGCGUCGACGCCGUCGAGGCCCUGUACUCCGACAUGGCUGCCCGCCACCGCGCCCGCUUCAGGUCGAUCCACAUUCUCCGCGUUGUCGAGCUUGAGAAGACCGAGGACGUCAAGCGCCCCUACAUCAGGCAGCUCGUUACCAAGAACCUGAAGUUCCCUCUCCCCCACCGUGUCACCAAGGCCGCCACGACGAAGCUGUUCAGCGCGCAGCGACCCGCUACGUUCGCUUAG